GCAUGCGUGAACACUUUACGGCACGUCAGGCCUUCAAAACGCCUGCACGCGCGGAUCGGGUAACAACAGACUGUACAUCAGAGAUGCGGAAUGUUACUGGCAAUCGAGUGACUGACUGAAGGUGUCCUGCUUCCCGGAGAAGCAAUUCCCCAAAAGACAAACGAGAAAAAGAGAAGCUGCCAUUUCCGGUAACAUCUUUAAAAUGAAGGCAAUUGUCCAUCUAUCUAGGAUCUUCUAGAGGUGGAAUACAAAUUUGAAUAAACUGACUCAGAAGAGACAAGUAAUGUGUGAUGUGUUAUUCAGAUCAGUGUUGCCAUUUUAGAGUGGAUCCUUCCAGAAUCAUUGUGUCCAAGUGAAAACCAAACCGUUGGAUUCUGACAUAAAGGAGACUGAGAAAGCAUUAUGUUCUGCAAAAGGGGAGUUGGAGUUGGAUGCUGAGGAAAGGCCUCCUAUAAAGAAAACUGCAACAUUUAGGUACAAGCAUCCCUUGUACAAUACAAGGAAAGGGAGAAUCUGUGACUGUACAGGAGUCUCCUUUCUUCGUAUGACAUGGAAAACAAUAAGCAUAUUAAGGAAGAAAACUGUGAAUGGGAAUGCAUGCAACAUCAGAGGAAGAUUUGUAGCAUUGAGGAAGAUUAUAAAUUGGGACUAAUAAAUGUUAAAAGAGAAUCUGAGCCAACAUCAGAUACAAGUGACUUGCAGCUAAAUACAAUUGUAAACCAUGUCAAGGCAGAAGACUUCAAAUCAGAGGCUGUCUCUCAAUUUGUAUGUCCAGAAGAAGAGCAAACUGGAACAGACUUCCCAAAAAGUAGAUCCCACUCCUUCCAGAAUGAUUAUGUCCAAGUGAAAACCGAACCUUUGGAUUCUGACAUAAAGGAGACAGAGAAUGCAUCAUGUUCCGCGCAUUCUGAAGAAGAUUUACAAGAAAAACUGACUGCCUCUCAGUCUUCAUUUUUUGAUGCCUCUCUUCACUGUAGACCACAGGAAAAUGAAAAUGUGAAAAAACUGACAUCGGAAUCAGAGAUUUUAACACCAGCCUCAGUCAAACAUAGUUCUUUACGUGUUGUGAAAUUAACAAGGUUAAGAAUAAUCCACAUGCAACGACAGGUGCACAAUUCAAAACCUACAGCUCUGGAUGUUUGCCAAAAGCAGACAGGAACAGUUAAAGAAAAAUCGAGAUCUGAACUUGACAGGGCUCGCACACAACCGAAACCAUACUGUUCUGAAUGUGGAAAACAAUUAUUUAGCAAAAGCAGCCUUGCAAGACACAAACGAAUACACACUGGAGAGAAGCCAUAUUGCUGUUAUGAAUGUAGGAAAAAAUGUAACACCAGUGGUCAUCUUAAGAUCAACACAGGAGUUCACACAGGAGAGAGGCCAUAUUGUUCUGAGUGUGGCAAACAAUUCUCAAGGAGUAGUUCUUUUUCGGGUUCAUUCAAGAUUGCACAAGGGAGAGAAGCCUUAUUGCUGUUCUGAGUGUGGUAAGCGAUUUUCUGAUAUAAGCAAUCUUAAGAGUCAUGCAAGAAUUCACACCAGAGUUGAGCUAUAUCACACUUCUGAAUGUGGCAAACAAGUUUCUGACAGUCUGCAGUCCUUAUACUAAUACAAGAACUCACAAAGGAGAAAAGCCAUAUAGCUGUUCAGUGUAU